AAUGUCGUCACUAGCUUGGCUGAGGAUGGAUAGAUACCACCAUAGGGUAAAUAGACGAAUAAGGAUACACUUUUCUAGCAAUUAAAUGGAAAAACUUCAAACGGUGACUCUCGCUUUAAAACGGCACACGUGGUCAGGCAGUCGUCAAACCCGACCGACGGGAUAUUCCGCUAGCGCUAACUUGUUUGUAAACAAUCAAGAUGUUUUAUAAGAUAAAUAAAAAAGACGUUUAGAACAAUUUUUCAUUGGAUGUUCUGACUCUAGGAGUUCCCCAAUCAAACGACCAACUAGGAGAUGCACCGUAGAUUUAUCCAAAAGCGUUUUCAGAGCUCUUCAACUAAGAAUUUAAUUCCUAUUAGAACAUCCCUCAAAGGUGCUGCAUUGCUCCAGCAACCUGUACUCAACAAAGGCUCUGCAUUCACUAGAGAGGAGAGAGAGGUCUUCCAAGUAGAUGGUCAUAUACCAUACGAUGUACACAGCCUUGAGAAGCAAAUGGUUAGAGCCUACGCUCAGUUUAAGAAGCAGCCUAGUAAUAUUUUGAAGCAUGCUUUCUUAGCGUCCCUUAGAGACCAAAACCAAGUUCUUUUCUAUGCUCUCGUCAGUCAAAGACUCAAGGAGAUGCUCCCUGUAUUAUACACCCCAACGGUCGGUGAAGCCGUCGGCCAAUACUCUGAGCUCUUCAGAAGACCAAUCGGUUGUUUCCUCAGUUUGCCAACUGCUCACUCAAUGAAGGAACAGCUCCAGUCACAUGCGAAUGCUGCUUUCCGUUACAAGUACCCACCAGGUAUGAAGAACACAGACCACGAUAGACCAUUCGAUAUCAUUGUCGUCACUGACAGCGAAGGUAUCCUUGGUAUCGGUGAUCAAGGUGUUGGUGGUAUUUCAAUUUCUACUUCAAAGGCUGCACUCUACGUUGCAGGUGCAGGUGUUGAUCCUAACCGUAUUCUCCCUGUCGUACUUGAUGUCGGCACUGACAACCACGCUCUUUUCGCAAACCCUCUUUACAUGGGUUACAAGCACGUCAGAACUAGAGGUGUCGCUUACGAUCACUUUGUACAUCAAUUCAUGAUGAACGUCAAGGAACUGUUCCCAGGUGCUUUGGUUCACUUUGAAGACUUCGGCUUGAACAACGCCGCUAGACUUCUCGAAACUUACAAGCCAGUAUUGCCUUGUUUCAACGACGAUAUUGAAGGUACAGGUGCCGUAGCACUCGCUGCAACAAUGUCGGCCAUUGGCGUUACAAAGUCCAAGCUUAGCGAUCAAAGAAUUGUAGUCUACGGUGCAGGUACAGCCGGUAUGGGUAUCGCCAACCAAAUUAGAGAUGCAAUGGUUGAACUCGAGGGUAUCUCCGUCGAGGAAGCUAACAGCAAAUUCUGGUGUAUCGACAGAGACGGUCUUCUCUUGAAGAGCAACUCUAAAUUACAAGGCAGUCAGCAUGACUACGCACGUGAUGAUGAGGAGUGCAGAGACUGGAAUAGAGAGAUCCAAGAACAACCAAACUUACGUCUCAUUGAUGUCGUCAAGGCAGUCAAACCAACGAUGCUUGUCGGUUGCUCUACCAACGCUAGAGCAUUCAACGAGGAAGUCAUUAGAACAAUGGCUGAACACACUGAGAGACCAAUCAUUUUCCCAAUGUCUAACCCAACAUCACUCGUUGAAGUUGACCCUGUUGAUGCUAACGAGUGGACUGAUGGUAGAGCACUCAUUGCAACCGGAUCACCAUUCCCACCAGCAAAAAACCCAAUUACCGGAAAAGAUUACUACAUCGCGGAAGCCAACAACGCUCUCAUCUACCCAGGUUUAGGUUUGGGUACAAUUGCAUCAAGAUCCUCGAAGAUGAGCAAGGGAAUGAUCUUAGCAGGUGUUAGAGCUUUAGCUAGCGUUUCACCUGCUUUAGAUGACCCAGAUGCACCGCUUCUUCCUGAUUUAGCUGAUGUUAGAAAGGUCAGUUUACACGUUGCAGCUGCAGUCGUUAAGCAAGCGCUUGAAGAAGGCGUUGCAAAUGUCAACCUCAAGAAGGAUGAUGAAGCUAUCAUCGAACAUAUUAAGGUCGGUAUGUGGGAUCCAGUUUAUAGACCAUUAGAAUUUGAGCCAGAAGAUGAGAACUAGAAUAAACAAAUAAUUAAUAAUAAUAAUAAAAAAACGGAUGUUAUUAUAGAAGAAUUUGCAUAAAAUAUACCAAAAAUAAUCCGCCUUUCUGUUUGUCUCGCUGGUUUCAAUGAAUAGAUUUGCUUUUAUUGUUUGUUUGAUGGUGCACUAUAAUAUAUCAAUGUAGAUAUAAUUUUUCUCCUUAC